GGUUUUAGCUUCCAAUAACAAAUUAACAAACCCCACAAAGGCACAAACCCUCUUCUUCUCUUCUUUUCUCCCUUUGUGUCCCUAAAACACACAAGCACAAGUAGACAAACACAAAGGAACAAAUUACAAGUUUUUAACAUGGAGAGCAGCGACACAUACACCCCCACUUCCUCUGCCCCACUUUCUCACUCCCCCUCUAAUUCCUCUUCUUCCUCACCACCACCACCUCCCACUGUUGUGAUGAGUCCUUGUGCUGCAUGCAAGAUUUUGAGGAGAAAAUGUGCAGAGAAAUGUGUGUUGGCACCUUAUUUCCCUCCAACUGAACCUGCCAAGUUUACUAUUGCACACCGUGUAUUUGGUGCUAGCAACAUCAUCAAGUUCCUUCAGGAGCUUCCAGAGUCUCAGAGGGCUGAUGCAGUGACCAGCAUGGUGUAUGAGGCUAGUGCAAGAAUUAGAGACCCUGUAUAUGGUUGUGCAGGGGCAAUUUGCCAGCUCCAAAAGCAGGUCAAUGAACUUCAAGCACAAUUGGCCAAGGCACAAGGUGAGCUUGUGAACAUGCAGCUUCAGCAAGCCAAUCUUGUGGCUCUAAUUUGCAUGGAAAUGGCACAGAGUCCACAGGAAUCACCACAACAAUCAGUGGAUAAUUUCAUUUCAACUCCUCCCCAGAGUGGUGGUGCAUAUCAAAGUGGCAUGAACUUCUUUGAGGACAACACUAGCCUAAACUCACUAUGGGAACAACCCCUUUGGACAUGAAGAAGAAUCAAUAUCAUAUAAAUAUUAAUUAAAUAUAGUAUAUAGUUAGACAUUCACAAAGGGUUCCUAUGAUUGUCUCCUAAGGAGAAGUUGAAGGAAUAAUCAAUUAGAAAAAAUAAAAGUUCAUUCAAAUUAAGCUGGGAUUUAUGCAAUUAGGUUAAUUUAAUUCCCUGCAAGAGGAAAAAUGUGGAGGAAAAGAAGGUGAUUUGGUAUCUAGUAAGAAGGUCUUGCAUUCAAUCCGUUGAGCAUGUUGAUCAAAUUUGGUUCCUAACUUUGUGUAUGAAAAAUGCACUGUUAGGAGAUCUAUUCACUUGCUAGACAAAACAUCAUCCUAAAAUAGUAGGAGGUGUUUUACUCCAUGUAAUCUUUGAAAUUGAAGAGAAAGGAAAUUGUCAUGUUAUAAGGCUUUAUUUA